GCCAUGCCUAUCAUCAAUGCUGGUCCUCAGCACCAAUAGCGUGAGGGUCUCGUGCUCAAGGACCCUGGACCUGCUGGGUUUGCUUUCAUUUUUUGUCCUGCUUUGUCAAAUGGAAAUUCUGAGAGAGAAUCUGAUUGUUGAUUCAUUGGCAAGUCUAAAAUUGGUAGUGAUGGAAAUCUGAAGCUUGUAGAUGGGAAUGAAGUAACUCUCUGGUCAAACAAUGUUUCUGACAGAUCAAAUAGUUCAGUGGCUGUCCUUUUGGAUAAUGGGAACUUCGUUCUACAGGAUGUUUUAUCUGGACAGCGGUUAUGGCAAAGCUUUGAGCACCGAGUUAAUACUUUUUUACCUGGUGCAGUUAUUGGGUAUGAUCUUGAAACAGGUGAGAGGCAUGUCUUGUCACCCUGUAAAAGUAAUAGUGAUCAAUCACAUGGGGAUUUUGUCACUUAAAUUGUACCGCGGUCACCACCACAAGCUUUUAUUUGGAAUGGAUCAGUGCCUUAUUGGAGAAGCAGGGAGUGGAAUAAACUACAGUUUAUUGGUCUACCAGGUAUGGAUUCAACAUAUUCAAGAGCAGUUAGCCUUGUAUUGAAUAAUGAUCAAGAAAGUGGGUAUUUCUAUAUAAGUCUUAACACCACAGACAGAGUUACAGUCAUUUUAUCCGAAGGAACUCUAAAGAUAAUCUGUUGGGGGAAAGACAUAGGCUGGUAUUCAACAUGGAAAAGACCAAAUAAUGCAUGUGAUGUCAAUGGAACUUGUGGACCUUUUGGGAUCUGUAAAAUAUCUGAAUUUCCUAUUUGUAACUGCCUUGAAGGAUUUGUACCAAAGUCAGAUGAGGAAUGGAACAAAAAUAAUUGGACAGGAGGGUGUAUUAGAUGAACUGAACUAAGUUGUUUGGCAAGGACAAGUCUAGAAGCAUCACAGGGUGAAGAAACAGAUAAGUUUUGGAAAAUGAAUACAGUCAAGCUACCAGAUAAGUCCAAGUAUGAAGAAGUUAAAGAUGUGAACGAAUGUGGAUAGUGGUGCUUGAAUAACCGUUCUUGCAAGGCUUAUGCAUAUGUAAUGGGCAUAGGGUGUCUGCUGUGGAGUGAAUACCUUAUAGAUAUGCAAGAGUUCUCCAGUGGUGGGAAAGAUCUUUUCAUUUGUCUUGUGUCAUCAGAAUUAGGUGACAAUAUAAUUGACUUAAGCAA